AGGAAGGGGGAGGAAGAGGAGGAGGAGAGGAGGAGGAGGAGAGGAGGAGGAGGGGAGGCGCUCCGCUCGCCGUCAGUGGGCAGCGGAGACGCGGCAUGCCCCUGGCAGGGGAGAGCGGGCUGUCCUCCGCUGGGCCAUGGGGACCCAAGCGCUGACAAUGCCGGGGUGACAGGAGCAGCGCCAGCCACCCCGCCACCUCCACCAUCACCUCCCGCACUCAGCCUCCCCACCGGCCGGUACAGAACCAGCCUCCGCGUCUCUCUCUCUCUCUCUCUCUCUCUCUCUCUCUCUCUCUCUGUCUAUCUCUCUCUCGCUUGCGCUCUCUCGCUCUCUCUCCAUUAUUGUCUCCCACUCUCCAGGGGAUGGGGUCGGCUGGCUGAGGAUUAGGUCGGAAGCAAGAUUUCUCUCCAAAGUAUGGUAAUAUUUAUGUAGGCAGAGAGAGAGAGAGAUAGAGAGAGAUUGAGAAAGAGAGAUAUUGAGAGAGAGAUAUUGAGAGAGAGAGAGAGAUAUCUUGAAAGAGAGAGAGAGAGAAAGGGAGAGGGAGAGAGAGAGAGAGAGAGAGAGAGAGAGAGAGAGAAAGAGGGGGGGGACGGGAGGAGGGGAUACGGAAAUUAAGCCCUUUAAGUCAAUGCAUAUUGUGGAGACGCGGGCACCGGAGCCCACACGGCGGAGUCGGCCAGGGCUGUGCGUUCCCAAAAUAUGACCAGGGGUGCCUGGAUGUGUCGGCAGUAUGACGACGGCUUAAAAAUCUGGUUGGCAGCACCCCGGGAGAACGAGAAACCGUUCAUCGAUUCAGAGAGGGCUCAGAAAUGGCGACUGUCUCUGGCUUCACUCCUGUUUUUCACGGUCCUGCUCUCUGAUCACUUGUGGUUCUGCGCCGAGGCCAAGCUGACCCGGACCCGGGACAAAGAGCAUCACCACCAGCAGCAGCAACAGCAGCAGCAGCAGCAGCAGGAGCAGCAGCAGCAGCAGCAGCAGCAGCAGCAGCAGCAGCAGCAGCGGCAGCAGCAGCAGCAGCGGCAGCGGCAGCAGCAGCGGCAGCGGCAGCACGAGCCCUCCUGGCCCGCGCUCCUGGCCGGCAUGGAGCCCUCGCCCGCCACCCAGGCACACAGACUCCUCUCCGCCUCCCCGUCCCCCACCCUGCCCCCCUCGCCGGCAGGCGGCGGCGGCGGCCCGGGCGAGCGAGGCCAGAGCCGCCGGAGCGGGGCUCCUCUAGGAAACUCCGCCAGGCCGGCGUGGCGCCUGGAGACCUGCUACCCCCCGGGCGCCUCCUCGGGCCAGUGCUUCACCGUGGAGAGCGCGGACGCCCUGUGCGCCAGGAACUGGAGCCGCGAGGCGGCCGCGGGGGAGGAGCAGGCGGCCGGCGGCUCGCGGCCAACUCCGCUCUGGAACUUGUCGGAUUUUUACCUUUCGUUUUGUAAUUCCUACACACUUUGGGAGUUGUUUUCGGGGCUGUCCAGCCCCAGCGCUUUGAACUGCAGCCUGGACGUGGUGCUCGCGGAGGGCGGCGAGAGGACCACGUGCAAGCAGUGCAUCGAGGCUUACCAGGACUACGACCACCACGCCCAGGAGAAGUACGAAGAGUUUGAAAGCGUGCUGCACAAGUACUUGCAGUCGGAGGAGUACUCCGUGAAGUCCUGUCCGGAGGACUGCAAGAUUGUCUACAAAGCCUGGCUCUGCUCCCAGUACUUUGAAGUCGCGCAGUUCAACUGCAGAAAGACAAUCCCUUGCAAGCAAUAUUGUUUGGAGGUGCAGACGAGGUGCCCCUUCAUAUUGCCCGACAAUGACGAAGUCAUCUAUGGAGGGCUCUCCAGCUUCAUCUGCACAGGGCUGUACGAAACCUUCCUGACCAAUGAUGAACCCGAAUGCUGUGACGUCAGGGGCGAGGCGCACACCGCACCCCAGCCCCGAGGGACCGUGGACGGCAUUGCCUCCUGCUCCAGGCCGUCUCUCCCCGUGUCCUCGGCCACGAGACUGUGCCCCGGCCGGCUGAGACUGUGUGUGCUCGUCCUCAUCCUCCUCCACACAGUGCUCACGGCCUCCGCGGCGCACAAUUCCUCGGGGCUGGGCCUGGGCGGCCUCGGCUCCCUCGAGGACCCCUCCACCCGGGAGGACUGAGCGCAGCCAGAGCGCGCGCGCGCAGCGCGGGGCCGGGCAGCUGCGCGCCUGCGUGCAGGGCGGUGUCCCCCACGCGGGGGCCCGGGAACUGAACGCACCCGGGUGCUUUGCCCUCAGACGUCCCGCGGGGGCCGGUGGGUAACGAUGGGCACGAUUCCCGACGCGGACACAGCCGCAGCCUUUCACGGAGGAAGAGGCUGCCAGCGACUCAGUUUCUCAUGCCAUUUUAUACACUGUGUUUUAACGUUCGGAGGGUUCCUUUGCUUUCGGUUCGGUCUGGGUUCAUUUUUUCCGUUUCCUUUAUUUGAGUGUGUUUUUCUGCACUUGUUGGUGCAGGAUUUCUUUGAGGGUGAACUAAGUCUCUCAGUGUCUAUCUAUCUAUCUAUCUAUUUCUAGUCAUCGUGUGUCCAUCAGAUACUUCUGUCUCCGUCCUGUCAGUUUCUGAUAGAUGAAUGACCGCUAUAACCUCACGGUGUAGCAAAAACGACAAAAAAUUAAAAAAACAACAAAAAAAAGACAAAAAAAGAAAACAACAAAAAAAAUUAAAAAAAUAAAAAUCCCUAAGCCUCCUUCGAACCUAUGGGCGCCACGCCCUGCAGGCCCUGCUGGCCCUCGCCUUCUUACGUCCCCAAGCAGACAACAUCCGCUUGCUUCUGUCUGUGUCUCGCAUGGUGGGUGUGUGUCCUGCAAAAGCCGAGGGAGCCAGGGCCUAGUGGUUCCUCCGAAUGAUCCAACAUUGAGUCAGGCAGUUCAGAAAAUCACAAUGUCAGAGUGAAACACGCUCCCGUGAACCUAGUCGCUCCAGCGCCCAUCCCCAGUUCUUCUUACUGGCCAAGCAGACAGGAGGGGCCACGGCCCACGGCCCGCGGGGUGCCCGCAAGCUGGCCCUCCUGAGCACCAGGCGCUUGCCUCCGGGCGAUGGGAGCAGACUCCGAGAGCGCAAAUCCAGACUUGUGUUCCUCCCUGAUCGUGGUGGGAGGGGUCUAGUAUACAGACCAUGUACCAUUUAAUCCCAGUAACGCCCCAGCGUAGGGUCCCAGAUUCCCCCAGGUAUAAAAUGUAUACAGCUCUGCAUCAUCACAGAGGAAAAUCUCAUUUUAAGCCAGUCAACAGAUCAGCCAUUUUUACUGCAGUGUGAAGCGUCCUCCAGCAAGCUCUAGGCGCGCUGAGAAAAAGAAGUCUAAUCACUGUUUGUAUUUUUUUCCUUUGUGGGAACAUUUCACCUGCUGAGUGUAUAUGAAUUUGCUUUUUUAAAAAAGGCUUUUAUGGGUUUACAGUAGGGCCAGUGGAAAGGAGAGUUAAUAAGGGCUGUUUUUACAAAACAAACAAAAAGAAUAAUUUUAAAAAUACACUUCACAUUCCUUCCUAGUCUCUAACUACACUUGGGAAGUGCACUUUGGAUAAGUUUGCUGUGUGGCUGAGAGCUGAAGGAAAUCCAUAGACAAGGUCCUCUUAGUGAACAAAAUUUAGUUGUUAACUUUAUAGCUGUAAAAGUCCCAGGCGUUUGUUUCCUUCGGACCGGUUCCUCCGCAUCACGCUUGACCCUGCGACACGCGUACAGUAUGCACAUUUUGUUUUGAAAAAAUGUUUUGUUCCAGUCUGUUAAGAAUAUUAAAAAAUAAUAAAGGUAUUGCUUAAUAAAGUUGCUAGAAUUGUUUAGCAGUACAUGCACAAAUAUUUUACUAGAUUCUUUGUUUUACUAGUGUUUUGUUGAGACUGAAAACCCUGAAAUGGUCUGCAUAAAUACAAAA